AUGUCAAGAAGUUUGUUCCUUCGUAUUGUUGAUGCAGUGAAUGAUCAUGACUAUUACUUCCAACAACGAAGUGAUGGACUUGGUAGAAUGGGAUUAUCACUGUUACAGAAAGUAACAGUUGUUUUUCACAUGUUGGCAUACGGUCUACCAACUGAUGCUACGGACGAAUACGUUAAAAUAGGAAUGUUAGGAAGUCUUGAUUGUAUGCAUUGGAAAUGGAAAAAUUGUCCAACGGCAUGGUCUGGGCAAUACGCAGAACGUGGUGGGUCACCAACUAUUAUCCUUGAAGCUGUGGCAGAUUAUGAUCUUUGGAUAUGGCACGCAUAUUUCGGUAUGCCAGGCACCAAUAAUAAUAUCAAUGUGCUGGAGUCAUCUAAUCUUUUCUCUAAUCUAGCUCAAGGUAUUGCUCCUCCUGCUCACUAUGUUAUUCAAGGAAAAGAACAAUUCAAGGAUAAAGAUGCACAUAUUGCGCUUCGUAAUGCAUUGAUAGAUCAUUUAUGGGAGGAAUACACUAUUUCAGAUAGUUAA